AUGUCGCGUGACUCGAGCAGCGCCGCUGGACCAUCGAGGCCUCGGUCACCAGCUCCCUCCGCUUCUGGCAGCGAGAGCGGGAGCGAGGAGGGUGGAUUUGGCCUGUCCGACUUAAUCCCGGAACCCGAAUCUCCGCUACGCGCACCGUACUCAUUCGCUACUUAUGAUGUGCCGGACGAUAUCCAGCUACCUAUAGCUGAGGGAAGGAGCAAUCUGAUAGUGCGGCUAGUCAGCACGCAUCCGUUAUGGGCGCAUCAUCUGUGGAACACUUCCCGAGUGCUUUCAAGCUUCCUACUCCGGAAUCCGUCGAUCGUGAAGUCUAAACGUAUCCUCGAGCUCGGAGCUGGCGCUGGACUACCUAGUAUCGUGUCUGCCCUGAGCGGGGCGCAGCGGGUAGUAGUGACGGACUACCCAGAGGAGGAGUCGAUACGGAAUAUGGCGUAUAAUCUGGAUAUCAAUAUGGAAGGGGCGGUCCGCGAGUCAGCCGUGGCUGCUGGACAUGUAUGGGGAGGAGAUGUCAAGUCAUUGAGAGACAUACUUGCCGGGUCUGGAGCAGAGAGGUCAGAUACCUUUGACGAGCCGACGUAUGACCUAUUGCUCUUGAGCGAUCUGGUGUUCAACCACUCUCAACAUCCCGCCUUGGUCAGCACCGUCAACGCCCUCCUCACACAAGAUAUAUCAGCACUCUCAUCACCUUCCGAGCCCUUCCCCACACCAUCCAUCCUCGUCUUUACGACGCACCACCGCCCGCACCUUGCCGAAGCCGACCUGGCAUUCUUCCCGCUGCUCGCCCAGUCUGGCGAUGGCUGGGCAUACCAGCAGAUUGUGUCUGAGUAUGCGGGACCGAUGUUCCCUGAAGAUCCAGGAGAGGAGGUCGUCAGGGGGACUGUCAAGGGGUGGCGGUGUUGGCGGGUCGGGCCGGGGGAGGAGGCAGGGGAGAGGGAGAGUCUGGUUGAGUAG